AGGAGAGCAAGAUCCGAUAUUUUGACUAAUUCGCCGAGAUAGAGUCGGAAGGUGUCAUUUUCUAAAGAUUAUUAUUGGCACACGUUGAAGUGUUAAACUGUUGGUGUUGGCAUACGGAAACGGAGGAAUGCAAGUAUUCAGAAUCGGAUAUAAGGAAAAAGUUUCGAUCCUACACCUUAAACCGAAAUCACAUUUUUUAUUCUUUCUUUCUCAGACUCCUUCACUCUCUGUGUUGUCGUUUCUGUUUCUUGGGCAAUUCAUCCUAGGGAAAACAUGAAGUUCUGCAAAAAAUACCAGGAGUACAUGCAAGGCCAGGAGAAGAAGCUUCCGGGCGUAGGAUUCAAGAAGCUCAAAAAGAUAUUGAAGAAGUGCAGGAGAAACUCUUCAUCCCAGAAACCCCUUCAUGCAUCCCUUGCCGCCAAAACCUGCCCCGACCAUUGCCCAGUGUGCGAUGGGACCUUCUUCCCUUCCCUUCUCAAUGAAAUGUCAGAUAUAGUGGGGUGCUUUAAUCAGCGUGCUCAGAAAUUGUUGGAGCUACAUCUCGCUUCUGGGGUCAGAAAGUACUUCUUGUGGAUCAAAGGAAAAUUACAAGGGAACCAUACGGCUCUGAUUCAAGAAGGCAAAGAUCUUGUUACUUAUGCACUCAUAAAUGCCAUUGCAAUUCGAAAAAUACUGAAAAAAUACGAUAAGAUUCAUUAUUCCAAGCAAGGGCAAUUGUUCAAGUCGCAGAUCCAGAGUAUGCACAAGGAGAUUCUUCAAAGUCCCUGGCUUUGUGAGCUUAUGGCCUUCCAUAUCAAUUUAAGGGAAACUAAGGUCAAGUCAAGGAAGGCACAUGCUUUGUUCGAUGGAUGUUCUCUCACAUUCAAGGAUGGGAAACCGGCACUUACUUGUGAGCUCUUUGAUUCUAUCAAAGUUGACAUUGACUUGACUUGUUCUAUAUGCUUGGACACCGUGUUUGAUCCAGUUUCUCUGACUUGCGGCCAUAUAUUCUGCUAUAUUUGUGCAUGCUCAGCUGCAUCAGUAUCUAUUGUUAACGGACUUAAGUCUGCAGAUCCUAAAAUGAAGUGUCCUCUAUGUCGUGAGGGAGCAGUUUAUGAAGGUGCUGUGCACUUGGAAGAAUUAAAUAUUCUGUUAAGCCGAAGCUGUCAGGAAUACUGGGAGCAGAGGAUUCAGACAGAAAGGGUGGAGAGGGUUAAGCAAAUAAAGGAACACUGGGAUUCACAGUGUAGGGCAUUCGUGGGCGUCUAAGUACAGCAUGCAAUUUUCUUAGUUUCUUUUGUAGAGUUUAAGAUUGGUGGGCUGUCUCGGUUGAAAGUAAUGUCCUUGGCUAAGAAAUUGUCCAUCUGACAGUUAGCUAUGGUAUGGCCUGCCUCCCCACACAGAUCACAAAUAGGGGGUGAUGGAGCAGGCUACAUGAGCUGUGUCUGAGCCUUCAUCAGAGUCUCUAUCUAUUUGGCCAUGACAUCAAGCUUGCCGGGGCAGUGAUGGCUGACUAGAGGCCCCGGUCUCCAUUUGGUUCACUCCAACUAGAGCAGGGUAUACGUUUAAGUCCGCACUCCAACUAAAACUUUGUCACAGUCCAUGACUGUGGGAGUUCUGAGAGCAAUGCUGAUGAUGGUGCAGGCUGCAAAGUCCUGUCUAAUGAUCUUUUGAAUUACACCAUUGGUUUGAGAAUCAACAGAAGCAGUUGCCUCAUCCAUAAACUAGAGCCGGCUUCACUUGAGUAUAACCCUCCUAGACAAAGCAACUGUCUCUGCCCCCACACUCCAGUUCUCUCCAUUAUCUGCCACUGAAAAGUUCAAACAACAUUCUCAUUAGUAAAAUUAUGAAACUAAAGUAGCAGCUCAAAGAAAUAUGCUAAAACUCUCUACCUAAAGAGUCAAGUUUUUCAGGCUUGGCAGCAACAACCUCUUUUAAUUGACACCGUUCCAAGCUCUAUAGUAAUGAAAUGUUAUUAGACUAAUGGUUAAAAAUAUUCACCAGGCAAGUAAAUAGAUUUCAAUUGGCACAUUA